AUGGCGGGAAGCAACCAAUGGCUGGGAGAAUUUUCUGGUGGUGGUGGUCGUCGCGGGGAACCCCAGCCCCAGAUCCGACCGCAGUCGUUAAAACCGGAGGAACGAGCCGAUAAUCAAGCAAAGGCUGAGAAUGACUACGAUCGCGCUGGUGAUGCUAAGAGCCCGCUUGAUCACGUCAUACCUCUGGCAGUGUCACCCAUGGAUCCAUUCGGCGUUGCAGAGCGGCUCAUUCCCUGCCGCCAAGAGUAG